AUGUUAUUAUGUUGGGGGGCGGAGCCUGAAGACAGAGGGCAUCCACUGCCAUCUGGUGCUGUCUCAGAGACCUGGAGUCUGAAGCUUCCUUCACCCACCUACCACACUCUCAACUUAGAUCGAGCUGUGCCUUCCGACCCUUCGUCAGGUCGCAAGGAAAAAGCAGGGAGCCGAGAACGCAGCUCCCGCGGCCGCCGGCGAGGACAGACAAAGAACCGGAGAGGGGGGCGCAGGGCGUGUCCUGGGGUGCAAGGAGCCCCCAGCCCCGCGGUCGGGACUCACCUGGGGCGGCUCCGGCAACCGCCGGGACCGCAUACCCGGGACUGGCCGGGAGACGGCAGGGCUCUCAGUCGGACGCCUGGAGCUGCUGCGGCCGCUGCGCCGGGGCUCGCGACACGAAUCCGAACGCUCCAACAGCUGAUUGUGACGUCACAAAGGGGCCCGCCCGCUCGCGUCAGCGGCCGUGGAGCGGCGGCCAAUCGCAGGCGUCGAAUGUUCUUUCCCCGCCCCUCCGCGGUUCGCCAGCGGGUGGCUGAAGCCCGGGAUCUGCGCCCUGAACCUCGGGCUGAGUGGAGUUACAAAGGAGCACCUGCGCGUGUCGGGGAGCUGGUGGGGCUGACGGGAAAUUUGGCCAGAGGAGGCCUUGGAAAGAAAUUGCUCUAAGCUGAAUAAACAUU